AUGUACAUCCUUUUACUUCUAGCGAGCGGCAUUCUGUGUGCCUUGAUGUUCGUCUUCUGGAAAAAUCGCUUUCAGAGAAACAUUGACAAAAUAUCAACUGCUGAAAUGUCAACUGGCGAAAUGUCAUCAAAUUCAACUGCUCUUGCAUUAGUAAGACCCUCUUCUACUAGGUUAAUUAACAGCAACACAGGCAACCAUCAUCUUUUAGUCAACAACCUCCCUCGGGAUAUUUUAAACACUUUCCCGCACUCCAUAGCCAUGCAGAAACGAAUAUUGGUAAACCUCAGUAUGGUAGAAUACAAACUGGCUGAACUGGAACAUAUCCUAGUUUCCAGGGGUGUAAGAGGUGCAUCAGCUCACUGGAAAUCCACCUAA